CUAUCACCCAUUAUAAUAACCACGGCGGUCGUGUUGUAAUUCCAUUUACAUCCAAACGUCCGAGCGCCGCACACAUUCGCACACACUCGCUGCGCCGUACCGGUUGGUCGAUCACCGUGCCGAGAUCCGCAGGUCACACGUAAUAUAUCGUUGGCGAUUAUUGCGCAAAACCGUUGGAUUCCACCGUCGGUCUGCCCGUCAGCCUUUACGCAUCGAUCCGUCCGCAACGAUCGAUAUUUACUAUAGAUCGUUCUAACCUGACCUGUAUCGCAGUAUAUUCAUACCGUCGUCGUCGUACCUGCGCUGCGGGGCCGUUCGUCGUAUCCUGCAGGACCCGAUACCGACAAAAUCUAUCGAUCAUGGAAGUGGACGAACACGGACCAGUCGUGAAAAUGGGUUCCGGGUACGAGUUGCGGUUCGAGGACGACUCCGAUUUCGAAGAGUCGUACCAGGAGCGCGCCAAGAACGACUUGGGCGAGACGCCGGAGCGCCGGGCCGAAGCUCUCGAGCAACUGCGGAGACUUAUCAGAGAAGAGAAAAAACUUUACCUUCCCACUGACGAAUCUACAGAACUGUAUUUGUUGGCUUUCUUGAGAGUUUGCAAAUUCUACCCAGAGAGUGCAUUCAAAAGAGUGAAAUUUUUGUACAAAUUACGACAGAAAAACCCAAAAUAUUGCAAUGACCUGAUACCGAGCUUAGAAAAAAACGUCUUUGAGCAAAAUAUUCUUACAGUCUUACCAUCACGUGAUCAACAUGGAAGACGAAUAUUAAUCACAGAAUGUGGACAGAGAUGGAAAAUUAAAAAUUGCUCACUGACAGAGAUCUUUCGCGGCGUUGAGCUGGUGAUCGAAGCGGCCAUUCUCGAGCCUAGAACUCAAGUGUCAGGCACUGUGCUGUUGGUAGACUUUGCUGGUCUAACUGUUAAUCAUGUGUGGCAAUUCACACCAAACUUCGCUAAACUGGUUUUGGACUGGAUACAAUAUUCAAUGCCAGCAAGACUUAAAGAAGUGCACAUCGUAAAUCAACCGUAUAUAUUCAACAUGGUGUUUGCUAUAUUCAAACCAUUUAUGCAAGAGAAAUUGAGAAAUCGAAUGCUUUUGCAUGGUUAUGAUCACACAUCAUUAUUAGCACAUCUGGAUGCCAAAUGCUUACCCACAAAAUACGGUGGUCUCAUGGACAUAGAAACCGACCAAGGCAUAGAUUUAUGGAAUUUACUGUGUUAUUACGAAGACAACUAUAAAGUGACAAAUGAAUUUGGAUACAGAAAGAAGAAAUAAUAUCCACAAUAUGUUAUGCAACUCAUAUGUUAU